AGCCACCCAGGCGCCCCGUGGAGGUCACUUUUAUUUGCUUUAUGCUUCCCUUCGUUUUUCAGGUUUUCUAGUGACCAUAUUCCACUUUUUCAUACAAACACAGUAACAGGUGCUCUGAGCAGCAACGUGCAGGUGAGCGCACGGCCCAUCCUGAGCCGAGCCCCCCCCAUGUCCUCGCCACUUUGCAGGUGAACGGGACACGGAGAAGGAGGAGGGCGACGAGGUGGCGCACGAGGUGGAGAUGAUCAUCAAGCACAACCGGUUCGUCAGGGAGACCUACGACUUCGACAUCGCCGUCAUCAAGCUGAAGACGCCCAUCACCUUCCGCAGGAACGUGGCCCCCGCCUGCCUGCCCCAGAAGGACUGGGCCGAGGCCACGCUCAUGACACAGAAGACGGGCAUCGUCAGCGGCUUCGGGAAGACCCACGAGAAGGGCCGCCCGUCCAGCACCCUCAAGAUGAUGGAGGUGCCGUACGUGGACAGGAACACGUGCAAGCUGUCCAGCAGCUUCAGCAUCACCCAGAACAUGUUCUGCGCCGGCUACGACUCGAAGACCCAGGACGCCUGCCAGGGGGACAGCGGGGGCCCCCACGUCACCCGGUUCAAGGACACCUACUUCGUCACCGGCAUCGUCAGCUGGGGAGAAGGAUGUGCACGGAAAGGGAAGUAUGGGGUCUACACCAAGGUCACCAACUUCCUCAAGUGGAUCGACAGAUCCAUGAAAGCCAGGUCCGCGGCCCCAGUGCGCGCAGGGGACCCUAUGCCCCACCCACAUUAAAGUCAUUCCCUCAAGA